AUGCAAAACUGAAUGGCGGCGUCUCUGUUUGUUUUUUACACAAUUAUGUGUGUCGCAUUCUGCACAGCUUGGUCAUCGGACAUUCCCGAAUUGACUCAGCCAUUUUAUAAUGUUUUGCCUUUUAAAUAUGGCACAAAUUGCUCAAGUGCUCCUAAGUUUAAAAACAGUAAAGCGUCGGUGGCAUUACGCAAAACUGGUGAACAUGUCUUUCUUCUGGUCACUUACUCCUGCAAGAAGAAUUACAGAUUGAAAAAUCCCAAAAAAAGUGAACUCUAUUGCCAAAAUGGGGUAUGGGUUGGUGAGAAGCCCACUUGCAUAAAGAAGCGUAGGAGAUCAACGAAGCAAUACAAAAACUGUAGGAUUGAUGAUGGCGGUUGCGCUCAUAUAUGUAACAAAUAUGAACAUAAAUGCGAAUGCUAUGACGGGUAUUUCCUAAAUACCACUGAUUUAAGUAGCUGUGAAGAUAUCGACGAGUGCAAGGAAUCGAAUGGCGGUUGCUCUCAAAAGUGCAUCAAUUUGCCUGGUCAAUUCUUAUGCAGUUGUAUAGAUGGUUUCGAAAUAGACGAGAAUGAUGAACAAACUUGCUUGGAUAUUGACGAGUGCGCCAAUCCCGAACUGUCUUGGGACUGUACCGCUGGAUGUGAGAACCUAAAUGGAACAUACAAAUGCCUUCCAUCAAUUGUGGGCAGAGUCGAACCCCCCGAUGGCGAUCCUUUCAUUGCGAGGGACGUAGUGUGCUUGCCCGGAUUCAAGGUGUCCGCCGAUGAGACUGAGUGCCAGGACAUUAACGAAUGCGAUUUGGAGGAUAUAGACCCAGAUUCUGGUCAAGUGAUUCACCGCUAUUGUGAGCAUAAGUGUGAGAAUACAAUAGGUUCCUAUAUUUGCCAUUGCCCCCAAGGAUAUCAUCUACUCGAUGAUCGCCAGAGUUGUAUUUUCGAUUCCCAAGCUCCAUUAGGCAACCCACAAACCAAUAUAACUACCAGCGAUAUGUGCCCUCAAUUUAAGGUCCCAACCAACGGAAUGGCUUCUUGCUAUAAGUAUCUCGAAAAUGGCUUCAAUCACACUCGUUGCAAUAUUACGUGCAACGCGGGCUAUGUGUUGGAGGGUUCACAAUUCGCAAGUUGUGGACACACCGGAAUUUGGUCUAGCCCAGAGACCAAGUGUGUGUACUCGCUCGCACUAAGUUGUCCCGCUUUGAAAUCACCCAGCCAUGGAAGUUUCGUUCCGGCAAGCUGCCAUAAUGGCCCAUCCAAACCACAUGCAAUUUGCGAGGUGUCAUGUGAUCGAGGCUAUUUGCCCACCAUGGACGUGCAGUUGCAUUGUGCGGCUCCAAGGGGCUGGAUCCAAAGGAUUUGGGUUUCCACUGGGGCACGAUAUGUAUUUUAUAAUUCUGUCAAUAAUCCCGAGCGCUGCCGGAAGAUAGGCCACCCUUAACUGAUAUUUGGCUAAACUGCUACACUGGAACACAGUUGCGAUCGGUGUAUUAAUUUGGCUCAGUAAAUCUGGUUUCUCUUCAAUUGUCGAAUAAAUCUUUCGCCUUAAAAAAAAAAAUCUGGACCAACAAAAUUCAAAUUAAAAUUAAAUUCAAAAAUAAAGAUUUUUGCCAUAGCUAUUAACUUUCA